AUGUUCAUCUACUAUGAAUACAAACUAUCCGGCUCUCUCCUACUAGACAACCACGCGAUAAUCCGCACGGGUCCUCUGAUUCCUCAAAAUAUCUGGCAAAUAUUCUUGCCCCCGGCAGGUUCUACUUCGGACUUUUCGACCGAUCCCGUAGCUCUCCGGGACACCGCGUCCUGGCUGGCCAAGAAUUCAGACCAUCGAUACACGUUGGUCGGCAUAGAGGGCGGGACCAAGUUCCCUUCAAACCCAGGCCUGAAUUCGGAUCUUCGCCGGUAUCUGAUCCUGAACCUCGAGGGCGGCAUAUACACCGACCUCGAUACGCUCGACAACCAGCCAUGGCCCUACAUGCCGCACGACCUUCAAUUAUGCCAGUGGACCAUUGCCGCGGCGCCGGGUCACCCCGUUUUCGCGGCCAUGAUCCAGCAGUCACUCCACGAACUCGCCGGUUCCCACAACACCACCUGCGACCCCACGGAUCUCGAGGUGAUGAAACUCGACGGGGCCCGCGGCGUGGACCGACGCCGUGUUCCAGCAGCUGCAGCGAGCGGAGACUGA